UGGGCAUGACGCAUCACCAUAUAUAUAGUAUACUAUAUACUUCUCGAUGCGCAUGACUGUGUAGUGAGUUUUGCUUUUGCUUAUAUCCAAGCCGGCACGUUGGUACAGCUGCACAAACAAUAAUUAACGAAAGAUAAUUAUUAUUAAUUAAAUUACUUUUAGAUUUAAGAAAAUUAAAUAAAAAUUAUCUGUUCAACAGUACAAGUAAAUAUUAAUCUACAAACAAUAAUUAUCAUUUAUCAGUAAUUAAGUAUUUUUAAAUUUAAGAAAAUUUAUUAUCUUUGCAAUUAUAAAAACAUAAAUUAUUAUUAUAAUAGUACAUAUUAUAACGAUAUCAAUAUACGAAUGAUAAAUUCCGCGGUCUGUAAAUUCAUGUACAUAGGCGGCAUAUUAACUUCUUUACGACAGUAUAUUAUGGCUCUGACAGUCAACACGACGCUCAGUCGCUCACCUAACACAUUCUCAAGAAAUAUUCUAUUUUUCUGUUGAUUUUUAUAAAUGUAAUAUAUGUAAUUUUCUGUAACACUAUCUUUCGAUUUAUUUAUUAUAACAUUUCAAUAUAUUUCUUUCUCUUCUGAUUAUUUAAUAUCUACUAUACCCAGUCGGACAAGAUACAGCACCUGAUGACCAUAAGUUGUUCGAAAGAUAAGAAGAAGUUGCAGUCACCUUUUGUUCGGUGCCCCUAAUAGACGUGCUAGUUUUCAUCACUUUUUAUUUGUCCGUCAACGACGUAUUUUGUGAAUCCAAACACAAAACCGCUAGCACCGAAUACAGGAUGGAUAUUGACAUGAAUAUUAAUAUGGAUUUUGAAAGUCGUUUGAAAACCUUUAAUGAAAAUUGGAGUCUAACUUUUAUAUCACCCUUUGAAAUGGCCCAAGCUGGUUUUGCUUACUUAGGUGUUAAACAUCUAGUGAGAUGUAGUACUUGCAAAAUAAGACUUUCUACAUGGCGAAAUGGUGAUAAUCCAUUAUGUAUACAUUUUAGUAUCGCUACUAAUAGAUGUGGAUUUCUUCGAGAGUCUAUGACGACAAGUAGAGGUCGUAUGAAUACGUUUCAAGACUGGCCUGUUACCUUUUUAAAACCUCGUGAUAUGGCCAAAGCUGGUUUUGUUUACACAGGUGUUGGAGAUAAGGUAAAGUGUUUUACGUGCUUGGAAGAAUUUGAUAAAUGGGAAAAAAAUGAUACUCCAAUGGGUGAACAUAUGAAUCACAGUUCACAAUGUCCAUUCGUGAUUUCAUACAAAAGAAAAUUUAACAAUCCUUCUGGUCCCUAUGGCUUAACCAGUUUGGGAGUAAAAACGAUAGAAGAUAAGUUACAUACUGAGGGUAUUGUGCUAUUUGUAAAUCCUUUAUUUUAUGAAACAAUGGUUGCCUUGAAUGCCCGCCUCAAAUCAUUUAAUAGAUGUGUGAUAUCAUUGCAACUAGAUAUUAAUGCUGUAUGUAAAGCUGGAUUUUUUUAUUCAGGCAAUGGUUAUACUGAUAGUUUGACUUGUUUUUAUUGUGGUGUUACUAUCAUUAAAUGUAAUGGAGACUUUGACCCAUGGGAAGUACAUGCCGAAAUGUCGAAAACUUGUAAUUAUUUGUUUUUAAAGAAAGGCAAAAGCUUUUGCGACAGGGCGAAUGACGUGGAAAGCGAUGAAAUAAAAUCCAAUCAACUGAAAUUAUUCAAGUUGAUUGCUGCAAAGAAAAAUACACUCACACUCAAAUCUAAAAUGAGUAUACAAUCAACAAAAAAGCAUUUUAAGGAGAUAAAAAUUACCAAAAUAUUAUCUGAUAAAAUUGAGGAGCAUCUUUUUCAAAAGCUAGCACCAAAUUUAUUACCAGAUAAUAUGUUAUGCAAAAUUUGCUAUAAGGAAGUAAUCGAAGUUGCUAUUGUCCCUUGCGGUCAUGCUAUUGCCUGCAUUGAAUGUGCUUUAUCGUUUAAUUAUUGCUCCAUGUGUAGAAUGUCAUGCUCAAGAUUAAUUAGAAUACAUUUAUGUGUGAAUAAAAAAAAUGAUGAAAAUCUCAAACUAAAACCGUGCAGUUCAAAAAUGUCUUCAGGCGAUGAAUUGAACCCAAAGCUUUGCAAAGUUUGUCUUAAAGAAGAAAUGUCAACAGUAUUUUUACCUUGUAGACAUGUCUAUACCUGUGUUAAAUGUGCAGAAGAAACAAGUGAGUGCCUUGUUUGUAGAGAAGAUGUCUAUUCUUUUAUUAAAAUAUACUUAUAAGCUUUACAUAACACAUUUUUAUUUUUUUAUUUUUGUGACUUGUGUCUACCAAUAAAAUGACAUAUUUUUAAUAAUAAGCAAUGCAUAAAAUAAUAACAAUAACACUUAGUUAGGUUUUAUAAUGUAGAGUUUCAUAAUGUAAAAUAAAUAUUUAUUAUUACUAACUAUUAAGUGUCGUCAUUAUUGUAUGUCUGACUAGAAAUACCUUAUUGUUUUUAGGUAAAUCAUUUGUGUUUAAUGCAUUAAUGAAUCAUUUUAUAUAACUUAUUUUUUUAAGUAUCUUAAGUUUUAAUUUAACUUGUGUAUUAUUCAUUUUUUUUUUGUGAUAAAUAAAAGCCAAAGGCUUUUUAAGGUGGUUGAAGUCGGUUAAAUGAAUGGGCCAAGUAUAUUUUCUAAAAUAUACCUAAUAGAGAUUUUUUUGAAACAUAAAUUUAUUACUUCUGUGUGAUAGAACACUAUUUCUUUAUUUUAAAUAUUUUUAAAAUGACUUAAACCACUUAAAUUAUUUGUAGAUAUGUGUUUAUGUUUUUUUACAUUUAUUUGAAUUCAAUUAUUUUACAUACAUUUUUUUUAAUUAACUUAUUUAUUAUUCAAGUGUGUAAU